GUUGAAAAAUAAAAUGUACGAAUGUAUUAUUAAUCAUUGCAACGAAAAAUGGUACAUACAAUGAAACACGAUGAUAAUCGUGUAAAUAUGAUAACAUAACAAAUACUGUAUUGAGAAGAACCGUUUUAUUUUACACCAAUUUUGAUUACAGGUUAAGGAAGCUAUGACAAACAUGACAGUUGGAAACAAAUUGGGUCAAAGAUUGUUAUUAUCCUAUUGUUCUUUCACUUGCAUUUACUUUCCUGGUAUUCUGAUAUUACUCAAGUUAAAUGACAACUUGUACAACGUGGGAAAGUACAAAUUUAUCCCAGUAUUAUUAAUUCUGCUUUUUGCAGAAGUGAUAAAGUUACUGUUUCCUAUGUUUCAAUCUGAUUCAAUAAUUAUAGGGAAGACUGAAUUAAGAACAUCCUCAAAAGCUAGAAAGUCUUGGUCAAAAUAUUUGAAAGAAAUUUUUAAAUUUUUAUUGGCUGCUUUUCUUUUGUCUGUUAUAUAUUAUAUUAUAAUUAUACUAUUCGGUGCACCUGUAUUUAUGCAUCACGAAGAAACUAUCAUGCUGACUCUCACAUUAACUACUCUUACAUUUGUUCCUGCCAGUUUGCACUUAGGAGUGGAUGGUGUAUUAGAAAUCAUGACAGGAACACAAUCUCAAAAAGGGAAUGUCUUAGUGGAUGCUGUAAAGAUUAAUAUUCAAGCUACACUUCUAGGUACAUGGUUAGGAGCUAUUGUAAUUCCAUUAGAUUGGGAUCGACCAUGGCAAGCUUGGCCAAUACCAUGUGUAAUAGGUGCUCUUCUUGGCUACAUGAUUGCACACUUUAUUACUCUUGCAAAAACCCUACCUAUGUUAAAAUUAGCCAAAAAAGUUCAUAGAUAAAUAAUAAUAUUUACACAGAUAGUCAUAAUAAUUUAUUUACAAAUUAUGACAUUUUAGAAUAAGAUUUUACAAUGCUUAAUGUCAUGAGUCAUGAGUUGAACAAUGUGAAUAAAGUA